CAGCACCGCGGCACGUACAGUGGCUCGGCCACGCCAGUCGGGCGGCGGCGGCUGAGGCUGACAGCGACGCAGGAUCCCCCCCCCGGCCCCCCUCAGUCGGGCCAGAGCAGGCGCAGCCUUCUCCGCCCCCCCGGUCCAGCGGCGGCGUGACACCGGCCGCGCUCCAUGGAGCCCAGCUAGGGGCUUCUGCCCGCAGCCGCCGGGAGAGCCGGAGGCCAAGCUAUGUUGGUGCAGAUGCUUUUGGCAGCCCUGACCCAAUGCGGAUCCUGGUGACAGCAAUGUAAAUGUGAAUUUCUGCAAAGUCUCAGAAGUCCUGUAAAAUGGAGGAACUGUACAAGGACACACAAAAUCUGCCCAUGGAUGUUACCAACUCUCCUUCCACAAUAGCUAACAAUAAGCUAGAAAAUGGGGUCGCUCAGCUAAUAACUGCUGAAGCCUGGAAUAUCAACUCCACAGACUUGAUGAAGAAAGCACUUUCACCACUUGUGACUGUCCCAGCCCCUUCAAUCCUUACCCCACCAGCAGAAUCGCAAAGUGGGGUAGCUCUGAAAGUAGCAGCCACAGUGCUCCAGCCAAUUUGUUUAGGGGAUAGCCCAGUGGUUCUUCCAAUACACCUGCAAGUAGCCGGGAGCACCACCCCGCAGAUUGCGCCUAAUAACAACACUCCAUAUGUUAUGACGACACAAGGUCCAGUUCCACUACCUGUCCUCUUGGAGCAACAUGUGUUUCAACAUUUAAAUUCUCCAUUGGUGUUACCUCAGGGUGCUCCCUGCUCCACAAAUCCCAUUCACAGCAAUCUUUUCCAGGGUUCUUCUGUCCCGGUUGGACAGCCCCAGUUACUGGAUCAGAAACCAUCCAACCAGACCCAGGAGCCCAUCUUACCCCCAGUGUUUCAGACACCAGGAUUUGCUGCAGUUCUUCAGGAUUUGUUUCCUCCACAGGGCACCUUAGGUUCAUCACCCUGUCAGCCACCCCCAGAUUACUCCUCUGUUCCACCCCAGGCCUUCAGUUCCCCUCUAUCUCCACUAGUACCCCCAGCCACCCUCCUAGUGCCAUAUCCUGUGAUUGUCCCCUUGCCAGUCCCAGUCCCCAUCCCUAUCCCCAUCCCCAUCCCUGUGCCUCACGGCGCUGAAUCCAAGGUCAACCCAGACUACCCCAAGCCACCGUUGUUCACCCUGUAUUCCUGCAAAGGCACCCAGACCCCUCUGGAGAAAGAAGAAUCCAAACCCUUUGAUUUCAUCCACCACAGGGAAUUUUCCCAGCUGAAUCGUCACACAGUCAUCAAGAUGAACAAUGAGAACGAGGCCCUGGAUCUUUCCAUGAAAACGAUGCCCUUGCUAAAGGCAGGUGAGGUCAGUUCUCAGCUCUCCCCUGAAGAUGGUGCUUUAGAUUUGUCGAUUGCUUCCUACAGGAAGACAGGCAAUGCCGGGGUCCAUGCUGAGGCAACUAAUGCAAUUUGCUCUGGAUCUAUGAUGGACAGUGCUGCUCACUCCAUGAUGGAUAAACUCUCCAGUGCAACUGUCCCCUUUGCCCCUCCGAAACCUCACGACGCCUCAGCCAAGGUCGACAGCAGAAUGACUGGCAGCAAUUCGGCCGAGUUCCUGAGACAGCAGCAAAAGUGGCUGGUGGAUCAGACCAGCAGAGCAGCCUGUGAGCCCAAGGCUGGGAAUAAUAUUGAGAUUGUGAGCACUUCGCAGACUGCCAAAGUCAUAGUCUCUGUCAAAGAUGCUGUGCCCACGAUUUUCUGUGGCAAGAUUAAAGGCCUCUCGGGAGUAUCCACCAAAAACUUCUCCUUCAAAAGGGACAUGCCCCAGGACUCUGUUCUGCAGUGUUACGAUGUGAAGAACCAGCCAGAGCCUAGGGAUAAUGCAGAAGCUCUUAGGAAACCAAUCAAAAACAGGAGUGUAAAGUUAAAGAAAAUGAACUCCCAGGAGAUACACAUUCUUCCAAUCAAAAAGCAACGGCUCGCUGCCUUCUUUCCAAGAAAGUAAAUUAUGGGUUUUUAGACUUUUAAGAUAUAAUUAUUAUUAU